AUGAUUAGGGGACCUCUGCGCUGGACCUUCGGGUCUCAAAACCUAGCUAGUUCCUUUGGGCAGAAGGGCCUCAUGAUCCCGUCUGUCCAAACUGGAUCGCCUCGUACCUCGCGUAGUCGGAGACUUCUCCUUCAAUAUCUGCGGAAAAGCUCAUCGCUCAGUGCUACAGCAUACAGUCGGACUGUUCAACUACCAAGGCCAGAUGGGAAAUUAUCACCUGCUUUUGGUAAACUGUGGCUAAGAGACAAUUGCCAAUGCUCAAAAUGUAUCCAUCCAGAUACAAAACAACGAAUGGUUCAGUCUUUUUCGAUCCCGCGAGAUAUCGACAUUGUGGAUGCCGUGGUCUACCAAGAGCAGGCCAUCAAUGUGGAAUGGUCUGAUGGGCAUGUUAGCUGCUAUCCUUUCUCCUUCCUAAACAGACGCAUGCGGAAUAUACCCCCUCGCAACCCAGCAAAGCUAGGAGAUAUUCAAUGGCGACCUUUCGAAACAUGCACACCGGGACAAGAACAGUAUCCAACAGUUUCCUACUCUGCAGUCAUGGCCAACGAUAAAGCAGUACUGGAAUGGCUUGAAAACAUUUACAGAUGGGGAUUUUGUUUUGUCAAAGACACGCCUGUUGACCCGCAGGCUACGGAGGCCCUCUUGAACCGGAUAGCUUUCAUCAGGACCACUCAUUAUGGUGGUUUCUGGGACUUCACGGCCGACUUGGCUUUUAAAGAUACCGCAUACACCAACGAGUUUCUCGGAGCGCACACAGAUAAUACAUACUUCACGGACCCAGCGCGAUUACAGUUAUUUCACCUACUGUCACAUGAGAACGGAGAUGGCGGUGCUAGUCUGCUUGUUGAUGGCUUUCGGGCAGCCAAGAUUCUCGCAGAGGAGAAUCCGGGUCAUGCUAAAACACUAAGGAGACUCAGGCAACCAGCUCAUGCAAGUGGCAAUGAAAACCAUUGCAUAACGCCUCAGCAACAUUAUCCAGUCUUUGAUAGGCAUAUCGGCAUGCCACUCCUGUUUCAGAUUCGCUGGAACAAUUAUGAUCGGUCCAUCAAAUGGGAUUGGUCUGUUGACGAACAGUACGAGUGGUACGAAGCGGCAAGGCACUUUGACGAAAUUCUCCGUCGGCCCGACAUGGAAAUUUGGACUCAGCUGGAACCGGGAACAGCAUUAAUCUUCGACAAUUUUAGAAUGCUCCACGGCCGUUCCGCAUUCACCGGGAAAAGAAGGAUGUGCGGUGGCUAUAUCAAUAAUGAUGACUUCCUUUCUCGGUAUCGUCUCCUCAAAUUUGGGCGAGAACACGUUUUGAAUAACCUUGGGAAUGUCAAGCACAGUGCGCCAAAUCCAUUUUUUUAUAUUUGA